AUUUAAGCUGUCCACUGCUAGGUAUCUUCGUUUUUCGUCUUUCCAUAACACUUCGAACUGCUGAUGUAUACGUUACCUUCCUUGUUUAUCUGAACUUGUUUCGCGAUAAGCAUCGAAUAUCGAAGGCUUGGAUCCUCGCCGAAGGAAGUUCAAGAGAUACUUAUUCUUGCUUGUCUUCGUUGCAACCUGUUCUGGUCUUUCCACGGAUGGUCACACCCGUAGCUUCGACUAAUUGAAUUUGACCGCCGCGAACCUGGACAAAAAGGUCGGAAGCAAUCCAUUGUCUUUGCCCGUGUAAACUUUAAUGAGGAGUGCCACUCUGACCACGACAAAGACAAGAGGUACUCUCGUGCAUUCAUAAAAGGCACAUGCAAGACGAGAAUUCCUGUGUUUCCACCCUUCCCUACGACUUCCAAUCAUGCCUCUGUCUCUCCAGCUCUCUAGGCACUCGUCUCAGGCUACAGAAGUGAUUCACGAUGACGUCUCUGACGCCGGCACCGAAGUCCCUCAAGUCUAUGCUGUGGCAAGCUACCUUAAGAAAGCGCGCCUACCAGGGUUCUAUCGUCAUGUGAGGUUCCCAGUGGAGCAGCUCAGACGCGUUGCGGUUUGGCCGAAGAUGCCUACACUCGUGAGGCCUUUGGGAACGCGUCCUUUGAAAACGGUGUACGCUGUGGAUGCUGCUAUCAUUGCCCAAGGGGCUGCCAACUACAUCAGCGACAUGCCUUUCCUCAACAUCGUCAACGAAGAGGGUGUUCCUCAGGAGACUUCUUCAAAAAUCAAGCUUUCCAAUGGGCUUAUCGUGCAGUACGACCACGGUGACCUUGAUUUUCUUCGCAAUAUCAACUCGGAGGACGACAUGGAUCGGCUAUUGAUGGACUAUGUCCUUGCAACCACCUCAGAGGUUGUCCGUCUCUUCAGUCACCUCCCGCCCAUGUGUCCUCAGGCAGAGAGUCUUAAGUUCCAGAACAUCUCUGUUAGGCACACCGCGCAUCAUUGCAAGUGGGAUAUAUACAGUAUGAACGAUCAAUUUUUCAUUAUCUUCAUCCCGCCUUGGUUCAUGGGAAAAGAGGACCUUGAGACACUCGCUCGUCGCGGCAAGGUGGCAGGUGGUGCCCUCGACGCGUUGGACCCUCGCGCACAGCUACUAGACACGAUCAGCGACAAGCUAUGGGCCGUGAUAUGUGACGUCUGUGUUGGACAUGGCACAGAAUUCGUUGUGACCAAUUACCUGUAUUGGAGCUUCGGCCGAUUCAAUGCUGAAAAGACCAUGCUUUCACUGCCGAUACAGGCUGAGUUGGAUCCGUUGGAUGGGACUGUUAUGGGAGAACGUCUCGUGAACCCUUCGGUAAUUGAAACCCUGGUCUAUUGGAUCCAGGUGGCAAGGGGUGCUGCUAUUAUGGUCGGAUAAAACGCUUCGCCAUUGAUCGUGUGCAAGGAAGAGGAAACAUGUAAUUUAUGCUCUAAUUACUGAUAUGAAUAUGAUCUCUAUGCCAAUACAUCACUGUCGAAGGGUGUUUCCGGAUGCCCUGACAUACUUGCCUAGUAUCAACCUUUUCCUCCUCCCGGCCGGAUCAGUUUCCCCCUCAACGUCGGUUUCCACAUAAGUAGCGAGCCUUUUGCACUGGUCAUGAAAACUUAC